CCUCAGUUCCUUCCUCAAUGACUGGCAAGCCAAGCUCGCUCUGGUCUCGUUUCUUCUGCCUCUCGGUUCAUGUGACAAUGUACCUCAACGAUUGUCAAAGAACUGAUUUCUAUGAAGGUAUUGGUUUAAACACAAAGGAGUUCGACAUGCACGUCAUCAUUGAGACAAACCGAACCACGGCUAGAAUAUUCCCGGCUGUGCUGGAUGUUGAGAACCCUGAGUUCAAGAGGAAGCUAGAUAGAAUGGUUGUGAUCAAUGAGAAGCUGAUGGCUGUAGGACAAACAGACGAUCCUUCCUUUGUCAAGAACCUCAAGAGGAUUCCUCUCAUUGCUGGUUUAGUAUCUGAGAUCUUGGCUGCUUAUCUCAUGCCUCCUGUUGAGUCUGGAUCUGUUGACUUUGCUGAGUUUGAGCCUAAUCUUGUCUAUUAAGUUUUUGAAGGCUGGUUCUUGAUUUCUUGGAAUUUUAUGAACCAAAAUACUUUUACUGCUCUCUAUCA